AUGAGGCUUACUAUCAAAUCGCAAGAAGAAUAUGAUAACAUCGUAAAUAUUCUUAAAGGCGAGGAUACGACGGUAGAUGGCAACAAACAUACUAAGUAUCGUUUAAAAAGGAAGGUUGGGCCGUUUAUCUUGAUAAAUAAUUUACUUUAUCUGAAAGAUGCAUAA